AUGGCAGCGGACAAGCCGAUCAACUUUGCGGAGCAUGUUCAGCUGCAAGAGCUGGGCAUUGCAGCAGAGAGUAUAUCUUUUGCCAAUGUAACGCUCGAGUCGGAGAAGUAUGUGUGUGUUCGCGAGAGCGGCGAGUCGGGCAACUCCGUGGCGAUUGUCGACCUCAACAAUAUCCACAACAUGGUCCGGCGACCCAUGAGUGCUGACUCGGCAAUCAUGAACCCUGAAGAGAAUAUUUUGGCGCUUAAGCUACAACGCCAGCUUCAGGUGUUCAAUCUGGAGACCAAGGCCAAGCUCAAGUCGCACAUGUCACCUCAGGACGUGAUAUACUGGCGCUGGAUUUCAGCUACGGUGCUUGGUAUUGUCACAACGUCCAGUGUCUACCACUGGAGCAUUGAAGACGAUGCUGCGCCGCAGAAGGUAUUUGAUCGUCAUGCCAGCUUGGCAGACACACAAAUUAUCAACUAUCGUGCAUCGGCCGAUGGCAAGUGGAUGGUCCUCAUUGGAAUCUCGAGCAACACGGUUGAUGCGAAUGCGUUCCGUAUCAAAGGAUCAAUGCAGCUGUACAGCAAGGAGCGUGGAGUUUCGCAGCCUAUUGAUGGACAUGCCGCUGCGUUUGCUGAGCUCAAGACACAGGACGCCAACGUGCCUUACAAGCUCUUUACGUUUGCCGUGCGCACGUCCACUGGUGCCAAAUUGCACAUUGUCGAAAUUGACCAUGCUCCAGAAAAUCCUGCUUUUUCGAAGAAGACCGUGGAUGUAUUCUUCCCCGAUGAGGCGACCAACGAUUUCCCCGUUGCAAUGCAGGUCAGCAAGCGCUACGGCAUUGUGUACUUGAUGACCAAGUACGGCUUUAUUCACUUGUACGAUCUUGAGACGGGUGCAUGUAUAUAUAUGAACCGCGUUUCGGGCGAAACGGUGUUCGUGGCUGCUGAGCAGAAGAGCUCCAACGGUAUCAUUGCUGUCAACCGCCGCGGCCAGGUGCUGUCGGUCUCGGUUGAUGCUGAUACCAUUAUUCCAUACAUCCUACGCACACUCAACAACACCGACUUGGCCUUCAAGCUAGCGUCUCGCGGCAAUUUGCCGGGUGCAGACGAGAUGUACCUGCAACAGUUCCAUUCGCUCUUCAGCACAGGCCAGUACACGGAGGCUAUCAAGAUUGCGGCAAAUUCGCCGCGUGGUAUUCUACGUACGCCGCAAAUGAUUGAGCAAUUGAAGCAGGUGCCGAGUCAACCUGGUACGCUCUCGCCCAUCUUGCAGUACUUCGGCAUGCUCCUCGAAAGUGGUUCGCUGAACCAGCACGAGUCUUUGGAGCUUUCCAAGCCUGUCCUGGCGCAGGGGCGCAAGCACUUGCUCGAAAAGUGGCUCAAAGAAGACAAGAUCGAGUGCAGCGAAGAGUUGGGUGAUAUUGUGCGCAUGCAAGACAUGAGCCUGGCCCUAAGUGUGUACUUGCGCGCGAAUGUCCCCAACAAGGUUGUGGCCUGCUUCGCCGAGACGGGCCAAUUUAACAAGAUCGUGCUGUAUUCGAAGAAGGUGGGCUACACACCUGAUUAUGCAACGCUUCUGCGUCACGUUGUGCGUGUGAACCCCGAGCAAGGAGCUGAAUUCGCGUCGAGUCUCGUGUCGGAUGAAGACGGCCCACUUGUGGACGUGGAACGUGUCGCCGACAUAUUCCUGAGCCAGAAUCUCGUGCAACAGGCAACGUCUUUCCUGCUCGACGCUCUUAAGGAUGACCUGCCAGAGCAUGCCAAUCUGCAAACGCGUCUUCUCGAAGCCAACCUGCUGAACGCACCACAGGUGGCUGAUGCGAUUCUGGGCAACCAGAUGUUUACGCACUACGAUCGUCCUCGCAUUGCCAGCCUCUGCGAGAAAGCAGGUCUCAUGCAGCGCGCCCUCGAACAUUAUGAUGACCUCGCUGAUAUCAAGCGCGUGGUAGUGCACUCCAAUCUGUUCGACAACGAGUGGCUGGUCAACUACUUUGGACGUCUUACAGUGGAGCAAUCGCUCGAGUCGCUGUACGAAAUGCUGCGCGCGAACAUCCGCCAGAAUUUGCAGGUCGUCGUGCAGAUCGCCACCAAGUACUCGGAUUUAUUGGGUUCUUCGAACUUGAUUACGAUGUUCGAAAAGUUCCGCAGCUUUGAGGGUCUGUACUACUACCUGGGUUCAGUUGUGAACCUAAGUGAAGACUCAGAGGUACAUUUCAAAUACAUUCAGGCUGCGUCACGGACAGGUCAGAUGCGCGAAGUCGAGCGCGUUUGUCGCGAGUCAAACGCGUACAACCCCGAGAAAGUCAAAAACUUCCUCAAGGAGGCUAAACUGCCAGACCAGCUACCUCUCAUUAUUGUGUGCGACCGUUUCGACUAUGUGCACGACCUGGUGCUGUACCUGUACCAAAACAUGAUGCUGAACUACAUUGAGGUGUACGUUCAGAAGGUCAACUCUACGCGCACGCCUCAGGUUAUCGGUGCCUUGCUAGAUGUGGAUUGCGACGAGGGUGUCAUCAAGAACAUCCUCGAGUCUGUGACGGGCCCCAUCCCUGUAGAUGAGCUUACCGACGAGGUCGAGAAGCGCAACAGGCUCAAGCUUAUUAUGCCCUGGCUCAAGAAGCAAAUCGAGUCGGGUAGUGAGGAUCAGGCACUGUACAAUGCUAUGGCCAAGAUCAGCAUUGACAGCAACCAGAAUCCUGAGGCGUUUCUCAAGGAAAACAACCUGUACGACCCCCUUAUCGUCGGUAAAUACUGUGAGAAGCGUGACCCGUACCUGGCCUACAUUGCAUACGCCAAGGGCUUCUGUGAUGCUGAGCUUAUCGCCAUCACUAACGAUAACUCCAUGUACAAGCAUCAGGCCCGCUACCUUGUUUUGCGUCGUGAGCCAGAGCUGUGGGCGACUGUCCUGAAAGAAGACAAUGUGCAUCGCCGCGCCCUGAUUGAUCAAGUGACGGCCGUGGCCGUGCCUGAAUCGACCAACCCCGAAGACGUGUCGACAACCGUCAAGGCGUUCAUGGCUGCAGACCUGCCCCACGAGCUGAUUAAGCUGCUCGAGCCUAUUGUGCUGCAACCAUCUGCAUUCAGUGAUAACCGCAGCCUGAAGAAUUUGCUGAUGCUCACGGCGAUCCGCACAGACAAGGCCAAGGUCACGGGUUACAUUGAGCGUCUCUCGGGCUAUGACGUUGAUGAGAUUGCCAAGAUUGCUAUUGACCACGGACUUUUCGAAGAGGCAUUCCAGAUCUACUCCAAAGCUGGUCAGAACACGGAUGCGAUGGACGUGCUGGUAGAACACAUCGUGUCCAUUGACCGCGCGCAACACUUUGCCAACAAGCUCAACUUGCCUGAGAUCUGGUCACGCCUUGGUAAAGCUCAGCUCGAUGGCUUGCGUGUCAAAGACGCGAUGGACUCGUACGUUCGCGCAGAGGACCCAUCGAACUUUGAGGAAGUCAUCGAGAUUGCCGAGCGUGCUGGUCGUGAGGAAGAGCUGAUCCGCUACUUGCAGAUGGCCCGUAAGCUAACGCGUGAGCCCAAGGUCGACACGGAGUACGCGUACUGUCUGGCCAAGGCACACCGCCUCUCUGAUAUGGAGGAGUUCCUUUCGAUGACCAACGUGGCCGAUGUGCUGCAUGUGGGUGAGAAGUGCUUCAACGACGGUCUCUACGAGGCAUCGCGUCUGCUAUUCUCAAGCGUAUCGAACUAUGCGCGUCUGGCCACGACCCUCGUGUACCUCAAUGAUUUCCCCGGUGCGAUUGAGGCCGCUCGUAAGGCUGGUAACACGUCUGUGUGGAAGCAAAUGCACGCUGCAUGCCUUAACAAGGGCGAGUUUAAGCUCGCGCGCAUUGCAGGUCUAGCUGUGGUGCCUCACGCUGAAGAUGUGCCAACGUUGAUCCGCGCCUACGAAGUCAAGGGCUACUUUGACGAGCUUCUCGACCUCCUUGAGUCCGCUUUGGGACUGGAGCGUGCGCAUAUGGGUGUAUUUACGCAGAUGGGCAUUGCCCUCGCCAAGUACCGCCCUGAGCGUCUGAUGGAAUACCUCAAGCUGUAUUGGUCGCGAAGCAACCUGCCACAGCUCAUCAAGGUUACAGACAAGGCUCACUUGUGGCGCGAGUUGGUGUUCCUCUACACCAAGUACGACGAGCCGGACAAUGCGGCGCUUACGAUUAUGGAACACUGCUCGGAUGCGUGGGACCACGACCAGUUCAAGGCUGUGCUACCCCAGGUUGCCAACGUUGAGAUUUACUACCGCGCUUUGACGUUCUACCUGGAGCAGCACCCACUGUUGCUGAACGACCUGUUGACGGUGCUCGUCAAGCGCAUUGACCACGCGCGUGUUGUUCGUAUGUUCAAGAAGCAUGACCACGACAACGUGCCGCUGAUUCGCUCGUACCUCAUGUCAGUUCAACCGCAAAACUUGGAGGCUGUCAACGAUGCAUACAAUGACUUGCUGAUUGAGGAAGAAGAUUAUGACACGUUGCGUGUGUCGAUCGAUGCGUAUGACAACUUCGAUGCCUUGGCGCUGGCAUCGCGGCUUAAGGACCACGAACUGCUCGAGUUCCGUCGUCUUGCUGCGCAUCUGUACCGCAAGAAUGACCGCUUUGACGACAGUAUUUCGUUGUCCAAGGCCGAUUCCCUCUUCCGUGACGCCAUCGAGACGGCCUCACAUUCAGGCGUGUCCGAGGUGGCCGAGGAAUUGCUGGAAUACUUUGUCGAGACGGGCAACAAGGAAUGCUACGCAGCUAUGCUCUUUGCAUGCUACGACCUGCUCGCACCCGACUUUGUCAUGGAAGUAUCGUGGCGCCACGCCUUAUCCGACUUUACUAUGCCAUACCAAAUCCAACAGGCACGCGACACUCGCACCAAGCUCCUGGCUCUUGAAAAAGAAGUCCGUGAGCGUGCAGCCAAGGAUUCGGCGAAAGAGAAGGAGGAUCUCGACACGCCUAUUCUCGGACCUGGCGCCUUUGCGAACAAACUCCUGACAAGCGGCACAGGUGGCGUUGAGCCGAUCAUGAUGCAGCCGACGGCUGGUAGCAUGUUUAACUAA